CCUUCUCCCCUCCUCUCGUUAGUUCCGGUCGCAGAGGAGACACCGCCGCAGUUGCCGCCACCUCCGGGAUUUCUGGCUCUUUCCUCUUCGCCUUAAAUUCGGGUGUCUUUUAUGAAUAAUCAAAAGCAGCAAAAGCCAACGCUAUCAGGCCAGCGUUUUAAAACCAGAAAAAGAGAUGAAAAAGAGAGGUUUGACCCUACUCAGUUUCAAGACUGCAUUAUUCAAGGCUUAACUGAAACUGGUACUGAUUUGGAAGCAGUAGCAAAGUUUCUUGAUGCUUCUGGAGCAAAACUUGAUUACCGCCGAUAUGCAGAAACACUCUUUGACAUUCUGGUGGCCGGUGGAAUGCUGGCCCCAGGUGGUACACUGGCAGAUGACAUGAUGCGUACAGAUGUCUGUGUGUUCGCAGCACAAGAAGACCUAGAGACCAUGCAAGCAUUUGCUCAGGUUUUUAACAAGUUAAUCAGGCGCUACAAAUACCUGGAGAAGGGUUUUGAAGAUGAAGUUAAAAAGCUGCUGCUGUUCUUAAAGGGUUUUUCAGAGUCGGAGAGGAACAAGCUGGCUAUGUUGACUGGUGUUCUUCUGGCUAAUGGAACACUUAACGCAUCCAUUCUUAAUAGCCUUUAUAAUGAGAAUUUGGUUAAAGAAGGGGUUUCAGCAGCUUUUGCUGUAAAGCUCUUUAAAUCAUGGAUAAAUGAAAAAGAUAUCAAUGCAGUAGCUGCAAGUCUUCGGAAAGUGAGCAUGGAUAACAGACUGAUGGAACUUUUUCCUGCCAAUAAACAAAGCGUUGAACACUUCACAAAGUAUUUUACUGAGGCAGGCUUGAAAGAGCUUUCAGAGUAUGUUCGGAAUCAGCAAACCAUAGGAGCUCGUAAGGAACUCCAGAAAGAACUUCAAGAACAGAUGUCCCGUGGUGAUCCAUUUAAGGAUAUAAUUUUGUAUGUCAAGGAGGAGAUGAAAAAAAACAACAUCCCAGAACCAGUUGUCAUCGGAAUAAUAUGGUCCAGUGUAAUGAGCACUGUGGAAUGGAACAAAAAAGAGGAGCUUGUAGCAGAGCAAGCCAUCAAGCACUUGAAGCAAUACAGCCCUCUACUUGCUGCCUUUACAACUCAAGGUCAGUCUGAGCUGACUCUGUUACUGAAGAUUCAGGAGUAUUGCUAUGACAACAUUCAUUUCAUGAAAGCCUUCCAGAAAAUAGUGGUGCUUUUUUAUAAAGCUGAAGUUCUGAGUGAAGAACCCAUUCUGAAGUGGUAUAAAGAUGCACAUGUUGCCAAGGGGAAAAGUGUCUUCCUUGAGCAAAUGAAAAAGUUUGUAGAGUGGCUCAAAAAUGCUGAAGAAGAAUCUGAGUCUGAAGCUGAAGAAGGUGACUGAAUUUGAAACUACACCCUCAGUAAAGCAAACAGGAAUUGUAGAUAAAAUGUCAUGUCUCAUGUGUCCUGGUUCUUACAUCUUCCUACCUCCCUAUAUCAAGCAUGAUAUAAGGGCUUUCAUGGCAAAUUUUAUUUUAACUGUUUCUAUGGUUACUGGAAAUGUUGGAUUUAGUUUCUAAAACCAUGUUUUAAGUAGCUACAGGAGCUAUAGAUUUGAAUCUAAUGUUGCAUUAGUCUUUUCAGUUAUCUUCUACCUCCUGUAUUUUCUACUGUAAUAAUGUAAUUUAAGGCCUUCCACAAUGAACAGUUCACUUUUUCCCUGGGUUUUCUAUAUAAACAGUUUUCAAGAUAUGAUUUGGUUGAAAAUAAUUUGUUAUAAAAAUUCUGUUUGCAAAUUAAACUGUAAAAGUAUCCAGAGUCUCAGAAGGCAGUGAUUUGUGUGAUAAUUUGGUAUGCCCAAAGCCCUGCUCAUCAAUGGAAAUCUCAUAUACAGCAGAUUCAUUUACAUGAAUCUUGAGUAUUUGGACCACUGCUUGCAUGUUGAUAUUUUCUUGCAUUUUUUAACCCCAGAUGUACUUGAGCUCAAUUGUUUGCUCUCUGAUUUUCAUUCCUUAAAAUGAAGCCAUGGAGAACAAACUUGAAAGUGAGGUGUUUGGGAAAUUGUAUGUGGUGGUCGUGGGAAGAAAAAAGUUGAGCUUUUACCCAUUGAGAAAUCUCUGCAUUCAGUUUGCUUCUUUCUAGACAAAACAAAUGAAUAUUCUUUUCAUACCGCCAUUUUCAAAUAUACCUUGGAAAAGCAUUGUCAUUUAAAGUAUUUUACAGUUGUCAUACACUUAGAUUGGUAAGAAAGGACUCAUAAAACAGUAUAAGUAAAGCAAAUGACUGUACUAAACCCAGAAAAUUGUUGAAAGAAAAGUGGUUAGCAUGUUCUGAUUGGGAUUCUAAAUAUAACUCAUAUUUCCUAUUGGCUUAGGGUAUUUGUUGCAAAGAAUGAAGUGCAGUGAUGAUUAUCCUACUUGGUCAUACUGGGCCAGCUUCAUUCUCUUCACAGAUUCAUAUAUGACUCAAGCAUCUGCCUACUAAUUUACCCCAGUUGCCAAUAUUUUAAAUUGCCAUGAGCCAAAUAUCUCUUCUGUACAGUUGAUCCAUUUAUUUUAAUGGCUGCCUUUUAAUUUCCAUCUUUUCUUGCUGCUACCCAUUUUUAUAUGUAGUCAUUAGAAAAGAAAAUGUGGCCACACUUUUUGGUGGAAAGAUUUCAUGUUAAAAGUGAACAUUUUGAAAGCUGUUUUGAUUGGUGAAAGAAAUGAGCUUGGAAUAAUGCCACCAGAGACUGCGUGGGAAUUGCCCCUUUCAGAGGUGCCAUUGUUAGGAGCUAAAAAUUAGGUGUUUAAAAGUUUAUCUUGAGGGAAUAACAUGUAAUAUAGUUUGAAAUAAAGGUAUAAUAACCUUAUGAAGAAGAGCAUCAUAACUGAUACGGUUGUGAAGGGGGUGAAAUUGUUAAAUGAAUGACUUUGAUAAAGCUUUCAUGCGCAGACAAAAUGUAUUCACUAGGUUUCUACAUAGUGAUCUGCUUUUACUUUGUAAUUUGUAGUCCUUAAAAGACUUUUUUUUUUUUAAAUAAAGUCCAUCCUUACACUUAGGUUUAUAUAGGUUAAUCUUUUUUUAAUUUUUUUGUAAUUUCCAUGUUAAUGCCUACUGGUAACUGUAUGUUAUGCAUUCAGACAUCUCUACUAUGUAAGCAUUAAAUAAUUGCUCUUUUCAUCCUUAUGACCCCCAAACUGUAAACACCUACACAGAAUUCUGAUGUAGCAGAAACUACAUUAACAUUUCUACAACCAAAUCAUUGCAUGUUACUUGCAGUACAGAGUGCACCUUAUUAUAUACUGUGUAUAGUGAAAAUGUAUAGUCUUCCAGAACUACAUUAUGAUCUCUGAUCACAGUUUUUUCCGUCAUGGCAAAGUAGUGUUUACUUACUACAAUAUUAUAGUAAAUGGAUAAAGUCACCUGUGACAGUAUAGUGUAAAGAAAGGGAAUGCUUUCUAAAAAGGCUUUGCAGAUUUUCAUUUUGAAUUUUAAGUGGCAAUUUUGAAUUUCAGCUGCCAGUGCCAACCUCAAACCUGUAAUUCUUAAUAUAGUUGUUAAGAUUGUACUUGUAAUUAUGAUCAGAUAAAUGUUAAUUGAUUUUCCUAACUUGGUGUCAGUUUCUAAGGAUAAGUCUCCUCUUAGAUGCCAUAAUUAAAUGUGUUUAGAGCGGAUGAUAAAUUUCUUAAUCUUAAUUAUUCUGGGAGUAUUGCCCUAGAGACAUUAUGUUCUUACGAAAAUUCCAAAUACCAAAAAUGCCACAGGGUAUUUUGACAUAGCAUAGUGAUGGUGGGGAGAAGAAAUGCCUGUGACAGAGAUUGACUUAUAAUUCAGUGUUUCUUAAAGCUUUUUUUCAUCAACCCCAGGCCCAAAGACUUUUAAACUUUUUUUUUUUAAUAGUGCCCCAGUGAAUUUUUUUGGCCACGCCACACAGCUUGUGGGAUCUCGGUUCCCCAACCAGGGAUUGAACCCCAGCCCUUGGCAGUGAAAGUGUGGAGUCCUAACCACUGGACUGCCAGGGAAUUCCCCCCAUUGAAUUUUAAUAUCAUAGAUAUGCUGUAUAUAUAUUAUAUCUGCUUUAUACAUGAAAAGAGUAAGGGGGUUUUUUGGUCCUACUUGGGGGUGACACCACCCCCGCUUGAGAAUGCGGAUCCUAAUAUAUCUUUUUUAAAAGGGGAGGGGACCUAGUGAUAGACAUUUGCGUUGGCAAAUGUAUCUUUAUGUGUGUCCAAAUCUUGAAGCAGUAUUUUUUUCUGCCAGGGUCACUAGAAAAUAGAAGAACUUUGUUUUCUGCCAGUCACCAUCUCAUAAUAGCUGUGCUUUAUAUAUACCCUUCCCACCAUAGGCAUCAGACAAAUCAUUUCCCAUUGGCUUUGGAGGUCUUGCCAGAUUCUUACUUGACUUAUAAAUGUAUCAUAAAUAGAAUCAUUCAGGUUCCUUCUCAUCUAUAAAAAUCAAUUAAAAUCCUAGGUGAAUGAUUUAUUUUUAAUUAAAGUUGUUCAUUAUAACACAUUGAUAAAUGGCAUUGAAAUUUUACUGAUGAGUUGACUGUCAUAUUCAAGUAGGCUGCUUGCAGGAACUGAUAGAACUAUUGGUUGAUUUAAAAUGUAACAUAGAUGCCAAAGUUCUAGUGUACAUUAUUACCUAGACUACUGAAUUAUCUUUGUAAAAAUUUCCUCAGAUGCUAUUUACAGGUGCCAUGUAAAAUAGGCUAAUGUGCAUUUCUAUGAGAAUUCUGGUAAACUGCCUUGCUAUGGUUUUUCAUGUAAAGUAUUAGUCCUCUAGUACUGAUAUAGGGUAUGUCUAUUCACCAGCCUACUGAAACCUAGUGGUUUGAAAUAUUAUUAAGAAAUAAGUUUUUAAAAAGACUUUAUUUAAGUGGGAUCUAGAAGACGUGAUAAGUACUUUUGACUUCGAAAUAAUGAAUUUAUAAUUGGCCUCUGUCUAAAAACUUGAAUUGCAGUGGAUUUGUACCUAAACACAAUCUUAUGCAUAAUUGUGUGAAAUUUGGUAUGGAUCAGAAAGGCUUCCAAACUCCCUUUCCCUCCCCACUUUUUUUCCUUCUGUUUAACUGUGGGCUAUAUUAGCAGCCAUAUUAAAUCCAAUCAUUUUAAUUUUCCAAUGCACCUACAAUCCUUUUAUCCUUAUUCUAAGAUUAUCAUUUCACCUCUUAAUGAAAAAAUGGUGAGGAUACUUUACAAAUUCACUCUAUCACUGUCAAUUUAGUAACUCUUAAUAACCUUAGUUAAAGUAAAAGCUCAACUGCUUGUGCCUACUACAGUGCCGUAGAGGAAACGUGGCAGCAAAUCUGCGCAGUCCUUUGCUUUGUAGACUUCACCUAGAGGGACCAAUAUCUUAUUAAACUAUGAUAUGAUUAGAAUGGUUAUGGUUGUAUUACUGCAGGUCUGGGAACUAUGCAUUAAAUGUGUGUAAUGAAUUUGGGGUGCUACAAAGUUAUCAAAUAUAACUGAGCUGUUUCAGGGAAUUUCCAGUCAGUGUAACCAUUUUAAAAUCGGAUGAAAAUAGUUUAAACCAUUUUUUUAAGCUUGAAAUCCUGAAGGCUGUGCUUCAAGUUGACUUAGAGGUAAACCUAUUGGGGAAAUAAGUGACCCACUUACAGACUGAAGCCCCUAUUACUUCAGAAAGAUGUUCUACAUUUUCUGGCAUCCUGAGAAUAAAAUAUUAUGUCUGUAAGUACACCUCAUUUCCAUUUUAGUUAGGACUAAUGGAUCCUCAUGUGGCAAAAAGCUGAAGAAUGGAGAAAACUGGGUAGCCGAUAAUCCAGAUAGUUCUUGGCACUCUGAACAACCUCAAGUACAGCCAUCCAAGCCAGUGAUUAUAUUGCUGCGUUAUUUCUCUGUGAAAUUUGCUUCUUGUCUGUACCCUUGAAAUUGAAUAAAAUUUCAUGAGACUCCUUA